CAUUCGUUCCCAGCUAUUCUUAGGAGCCUCUCAGGAGCUGCACACAGCCCGGCCAGGCAGAAAGGGACGGAGCAGAGGUCGCCGCUGUCAGCACCGGCAUGUCUUACAGCGUGACCCUGACCGGGCCUGGGCCCUGGGGCUUCCGUCUGCAGGGGGGCAAGGACUUCAACAUGCCACUCACCAUCUCCCGGAUCACACCGGGCAGCAAGGCCGCCCAGUCCCAGCUCAGCCCGGGUGACCUUGUGGUGGCCAUUGACGGCAUCAACACAGAUACCAUGACCCACCUGGAGGCCCAGAACAAGAUCAAGUCUGCCAGCUACAACCUGAGUCUCACACUGCAGAAGUCGAAGCGUCCCAUUCUCAUCUCCACGGCAGCGCCCCCGAUCCACUCCCCUCUGCCUGUGAUCCCCCACCAAAAGGUGAUAGCCAACUCUCCAGCCAACGCCGACUACCAGGAACGCUUCAACCCCAGCGCCCUGAAGGACUCGGCCCUGUCGACCCACAAGCCCAUCGAGGUGAAGGGGCUGGGCGGCAAGGCCACCAUCAUCCACGCGCAGUACAACACGCCCAUCAGCAUGUACUCCCAGGACGCCAUCAUGGACGCCAUCGCCGGGCAGGCCCAGGCCCAGGGCAGUGACUUCAGUGGGAGCCUUCCUGUCAAAGACCUCACCGUAGACAGCACCUCUCCCGUGUAUCAGGCUGUGAUUAAGAACCAGAACAAGCCGGAAGACGAGGCUGACGACUGGGCCCGCCGCUCCUCCAGCCUGCAGUCUCGCUCCUUCCGCAUCCUGGCCCAGAUGACGGGGACAGAAUAUAUGCAAGACCCUGAUGAAGAAGCUUUGCGAAGGUCAAGCACCCCUAUUGAGCAUGCUCCAGUGUGCACCAGCCAGGCCACCACACCACUGCUGCCCGCUUCUGCCCAGCCGCCUGCUGCUGCCUCUCCCAGCGCAGCCUCGCCACCGCUGGCCACAGCCGCUGCCCAUGCCGCCACCGCCUCUGCCGCAGCCCCUGCCUCCAGCCCUGAGGACAGUCCAAGGCCCCAGGCCUCUGCCUACAGUCCCGCUGUGGCCACCUCUCCAGCACCUGCCGCCCAUACAUACAGCGAGGCCCCAGCUGCCCCUGCACCCAAGCCCCGGGUUGUCACCACUGCCAGCAUCCGGCCUUCUGUCUACCAGCCAGUGCCUGCAUCUACCUACAGCCCAUCCCCAGGGGCCAAUUACAGUCCAACCCCCUACACCCCCUCCCCUGCCCCCGCCUACACCCCUUCCCCUGCCCCCGCCUACUCCCCCUCCCCAGCACCAGCCUAUACCACCUCGCCAGCCCCAAGCUAUAAUCCUGCACCCUACAGCGGGGGCCCUGCGGAGUCUGCCAGCCGUCCCCCAUGGGUGACAGACGACAGCUUCUCUCAGAAGUUUGCCCCUGGCAAGAGCACCACCACUGUCAGCAAGCAAGGCCUGCCCCGAGGGGCCCCUGCGUACAACCCGCCACCGGCUCCCCAGGUGUCCCCCCUUGCCAGGGGUACCGUCCAGAGGGCCGAGCGCUUCCCAGCCAGCAGCCGGACUCCGCUCUGUGGCCACUGCAACAACAUCAUCCGGGGCCCCUUUCUGGUAGCCAUGGGCCGCUCCUGGCACCCAGAAGAGUUCAACUGUGCCUACUGCAAGACCUCCCUGGCAGAUGUGUGCUUUGUGGAGGAGCAGAACAACGUUUACUGCGAGCGGUGUUAUGAGCAGUUCUUUGCUCCGGUCUGUGCCAAGUGCAACACCAAAAUCAUGGGGGAAGUGAUGCAUGCCUUGAGACAGACGUGGCACACCACCUGCUUUGUCUGUGCAGCCUGCAAGAAGCCCUUCGGGAACAGCCUCUUCCACAUGGAAGAUGGGGAGCCCUACUGUGAGAAAGACUACAUCAAUCUGUUCAGCACCAAGUGUCACGGUUGUGAUUUCCCCGUGGAGGCCGGUGACAAGUUUAUCGAAGCCCUGGGGCAUACCUGGCACGACACCUGCUUCAUUUGCGCAGUCUGCCACGUGAAUCUGGAGGGGCAGCCAUUCUACUCCAAGAAGGACAAACCCUUGUGCAAGAAGCAUGCACACGCCAUCAACGUGUAGGGAGCCCAGGGCGUCUGCUGGCAACGAAGGAUUCAAAGAGGCUGAUGUUUCUUUUUGGGGGGAAAAGAGAGAAGACAGGAAGUGACUGAGCCCUUUUGAAGUAUAAUUUUAGUCCUUUCUUCUGCACACAGAUUGUGUAUUUGCAUAGUUCAGACUAGAAGCCAAAUGAAGAUUCCUGAACCAAGCUAGUAAUUAAUCCAAGACUGGAAUUGUACUUCAAACAUUGAGGACAGAAUUCCAAGAACUCAAAAGUGAAAAGAAAAAGUAACUUUCCCCACGCGAUACACUUCCCUGAGGUCACCAGAGCAAGGACAGAGCUCAGGGCAGUUAUGGAGAAUCUGAAGCAUUCUGCGGAGUUCUUUAGAGCUCCUCCAGCAAACAAAAUGAAGUGCCAAACAGUCCUCGCUGCAGGGUAUUUUUAGAGCCAUAGCUGAGCGCUUGUUAGCUAAGACCGAUUGGGCUUUCCUCACCAAAAAAGGAAGUGUUAUUCCAUUACUCGCAUCAUGGAGCUACCUCUGCGCAUCAGACUUCAGACCUUGCACAGGCUUGAACAUUCUCAA